GAGCAACGUGUCCCUGUCAUGGCAGCCACUCCAGGUAGCAGAUUCCUGAGCACUGUCUCCAGCUGAUCACAGCGUGCAGCACCUGUGCCUUGAUCAUCCUCACCGGGACGGGGGAAAUGCUUUGACAGAUGUAUUUAAAGAGACCUGCAGCUGGUCUCUCCUUCUGUCUCUUCUACUUGGCUUCUUAUUUCACCAACAAGUAUGUCCUGUCUGUCCUGAAAUUCACCUACCCUACCCUUUUCCAAGGAUGGCAGACCUUAAUUGGCGGACUUCUGCUUCACAUUUCUUGGAAGCUGGGCUGGGUAGAGAUAAGCAUCUGCUCAAGGUCUGAUAUACUGUCAUGGCUUCCUGCUUCAGCAUUUUUUGUUGGCAUUAUCUAUGCAGGUUCCAGGGCUUUGUCUAGAUUGCCAAUUCCUGUGUUCCUUACUGUACACAAUGCAGCUGAAGUUGUUACCUGUGGAUUCCAGAAGUUUGUGCAGAAAGAGCAGGCCUCUUUCCUAAAAAUCUGUAGUGUACUGUUCCUCCUCAUAGCCGCAGGGUGCCUUCCUUUGUGUGACACACAGUAUGAUCCAAAUGGGUAUUUCUGGGCUCUAAUUCACUUGAUAUGUAUUGGAGCAUAUAAAGUAUUUCACAAGUUGUGGAAACCUAGUUCUUUAAGUGACUUAGACCAACAAUACAUAAACUAUAUAUUCAGCAUGGUGCUUUUGGCCUCUGCAUCCCAUCCAGCAGGUGAUCUCCUUAGUGCCUUGGACUUUCCAUUCCUAUACUUCUACAGAUUUCACAGCAGCUGCUGUGCCAGUGGACUGCUGGGAUUCUUUCUGAUGUUACACACAGUGAAACUAAAAAACUGUACCUCCUCAUGGCAGUAUGCAGCCUGGAGUUUCCUUGCAAAGGUUAUCACAGCUGGCUUGUCACCAUUGUUCUUUGUCAUGACUGUUAACAUGCCAACAAUUUGCUGCCUUCUGCUUGGUGGUCUUGGAGAAGCCUUGCUCAUCUACACUGAAAGGACAGGCACAUAAAAAAGGGGGAAAAGAAAGCAAGUGUCUCUGCGGGAAUAAGCCUGAAGUGCAGCUCAGAAAUCUUGGAAUGAAAAAAACUCAAGGUGCAUCAGCAGCAAUGAAAAAGUAUGAUUAAAAACAAGGUUCUUUGGGUAGAUGUAAUAUUUUUUAUUAGACCAAGUAAACAGUUGGAAAAAUUUCUCUUUUCAAGCUUUUGGGCACAAGUACCCUUUUUCAGGCAAUAGGGAGAGUCUGUACAGGGAGUCUAAUAAAGCGUAUCACAUCUACUCAAAGAACCUUGUCUGCCUAUGUCCGUAGACCAGCACAGCUACAAACAACAACCCUAAAGCAUGAUUAAAAACAAGGAUCCUUCAUUCUUCUUUCUUCAGAGGGAAAAUUAUGCUAUUAAUAACACUGGUGAAGGAGCAACAUAGUUGGUAUGAUGAUUAAGAAUCUGCCUCAAAGCACAAGACAAGAACUAUUUAUGAUGGAUGCUGUAAUGGAAAAACUGCAUUGUGUCUGUAGACUGCUCAGUGUGAGAACCUCUUUCAAUAGCACCUUCUCACGCAGGGCACUGAACUCUGCUAUUCCUCAGAAACAGGAAAAGUCGUUUUCUCUGCUGGACACCCUAGAGUUUUUGUUCAAGGCGGAGAGGAGGUUACACCAAACAGUGAGAAAGUCCAAGCACUACCAUGAAUCGAAUAGCAGUGGGCAUGUAUUUUAUUUCCACGUGUCCUGUUAAAGGCAAGCUACUACAUACAGUUCUCCAGGCAUAUCAUCUGAUUGGUAGAGGGCAUUAGAGAUUGGGGCCUCUGGAGAUAACACCCCUCUGGAAUUGUUGAAGAUUGACAGACAAAUCUUUGCUGAAUGGGAAAUUAAGAAAUAAAUUUUACCACCUAUUGUA